AUGUCCUAUACAACAGAUGCCCAACGCUGGCGAGCACUUUCAACUCGCGAUGCCAAUGCUAACGGUCACUUCUUCUACUCAGUGAAAUCAACGCAGAUUUACUGCAGGCCGACUUGCCCUGCAAGGCUUGCGCGUCGAGCCAACAUAAUCUUUCAGAAAACAAUUGCAGAGGCCGAAGCGUCAGGGUUCAGGGCAUGCAGGCGAUGCAAACCGAAUGUUGAGAAUACAGAUCCACAGGACAAAGCCGUUGCGAAAGCAAUGGAUUUCAUCGAACAAGCGGCGAGAAAGGGUGAAGCGAAGACCUUGAAACUGCAUGAUCUUGCGAAAAAGGUUGGCCUUACUCCAAGAUACUUCCACAAGAUCUUCAAAGAUAAGACUGGCACAACACCUCGAGAGUACACGAAUAUUGUCGCAGCGCAACAGAACGGCCCGAGACCAGCUGCCGACUCCGGUUCAAGUCCCUUGGACAUGGACUCCUUCGACUGGGAUACCUUUGACAUCUCUGAGCUGGCAGAAUAUCAGUUCGACUCGAAUGCACUGUUAUGCGACGACUUCAUGACACAGGCAGCACAGAUAUCAGCUGCGGGCUUCGUCGAGGCUCCGCAAGAUUCAACUCGACUACAACCUUGGGUUAGAGGAUCUAGCGAGCUGAAUAACUCAGACACAGACUCUACGUUAUCAAGCGAGCAGCUACCGGACUUCAGCGGGUUGAACACGGCUUCGAUCGAUUUAGGGCAGUAUCAGAAUGUAGAACCAUUGCCUGCGGAUCCGGCGUUCGACUUCGACGUCAACAUGGCCAUGCUGCUCCAAAGCGACAUAGCACAUCUCGACUUUCCACUGGAUACGACACAAAACUUUGGCAUGUCGAAUGUCCCGUCGUACCGAGUCCCUUCAAGUCAUCAUGUAUCGGCGAAUAGUUGCGAAGGCAUGGUCCAAGUUGAUAGCACGUAG